AUGAAACACUCCUUCAAUAUCUGCAAAGAGAACAAGAACUGGCAUGGAUUAGACCCGCAAGUGUCGACUACAGAAUCUCGGCACAACACCCUUCACAAAGCCCCAGAGCGUCGAAUCGGCUCAGCUACGCUGCCCAUCUCGAAUUGGACGCCUUCUCUUGCGCUGAAAAAGCAGUCUGUCGAAGCACUCAUCGGGCAUUUCGAGACUAAAGAUCAACUCAGCCGAGCACCCGUGGCUGCAUCUGAACACGCCCUUACAACUUCAAGCCCCUCGCCAUUCCUGCGUGAGCGGUAUCAGACCGCGCUCAAAUCAUCAAAGCAAGCUUCUCCUGGGUACCGUCCUGACAAAGCCGUCCGUCGACGAGGGCUCCGAGAAGAAGAAAUCCACUUCAUCGAACAAGCGCUCAGAAGAAGGCUCUCGGAUAGCUCACUAGAUCCAACCGACCCUCAGAUAUCACCCGCUUGCUGUCCAGCUCCAGGCCAGCCAAGGAUCAAAGUAAAGGCGUCCAACCAUUCCAUAUCGAUCAUCAUCCCAGAAGGCAUCAAGCUUCCCGUUGUUGCCACCAUCGAAUCUGCAGGUUCGUUUGAACUUGAGACACAGAUGGCGACUUCAAACGUCAAAGAAGCAAGCGAGUCAAGCAGUACUGUCGGCGGUGAUGCAAGUAGAGGAGGAAUGAGCCGUCGCCGGAACACGUUGUCUGAACAGACAAUUACUGGUGGAACCCGAGCCAGUGAGAAUCAGGAGAUAAUAGCAAGCUUGGGUCUGCCCUUUCUCGCAAGAGUCAGCAAAGGCCGUUUGACCGUUUCUGAGGCGUCAAUCUCUCCGCCCCUCAGCGCCGAAAUAUCAGCUCAAGGACAAGUCUUUAUUCCCCCUCAUGGACGUUCUCCCGAAGACGUUUCUGACCCACCUCAUGGACGUUCUCUCGAAGACGUUUCUGACCCACCUCAUAACAACUCCGAAGAUGCAGUAGUAGAGGCAAGAGGUGCUCCUGAGGAUCCUGGGCUGCUCAAAGAGCCUCGAGAAGGAUCGGGCUCUCAAGCCGAAACUGAGCCAACCUUCAAAUCUCCCGAUUCUGCAGAUACCGCUUCUCCCGAGACUGACAGAGAAUCUAAAGCUGAUGCAGCAAACUCGAGCCCUGCAAAACCGGCUUCAACCUCCUUGGCCACAUCAGAGAACGCGCUCGCUCUUGUUGCGGAGGCUUCCUCGAAAGUCGAGGACAUCGAGCCUGUCUCUAUCCCAGUAAUUCGAAUACACAGACCCAGCGGCACAGUCAUGCCUGCUUCGCUAGGAGCAGCUGAUUUGAACGGUGCCAAUGUGCCGCCCACACCUGUACAGACAGCAACGGAGCAGAGUUCGACCACUACACCUCUCAAUGCUAUGUCCGACCAUAUUACGGUUGUCCCGGUGCCUACCACUCUUCCCGUGGGUCCCACAUCAGUCACGAAAAUGGUACCUAUUGAUGCAGUGGCUUCAGCCAUCCCACUCCCUGGGUCUAGCUCGCCAGCGGCGGGCAAGAUCUGCAAAAGAAAGAGGUUCAUCCGGAAAACCCGUCGAGUGCUUGUCAGAAAGCAUCUUCUCGUUGUCAUUCUAGGCCGGGACUUGGCCAACGAUGUCCACCCGCAGCUCAACGCGGCCGGGGAAAAGUCGCCUGGCGGUAAUCUCCAUUUAGAUGUGACGAAUGGCAAGCCUCGCGGCUAUCGGAGAAAGAAGGAGUACAAAAAAGGUGUCCGACAAAGACGUCUUGAUCAGAAGAUCACAAGCGCCAGAAUGCAUGCGGAGGCGGAGGAUACCCAGAGGUGUCCGUCGUGUCGAGGCCUGAGAAGGACCCAUUAUUUACGAAAGUAUCAUCGUUUGCAGCUCCGGCGGGACAGGCCUACCAUGAGGGUAUUCGAGAGACAUGCAACUAGCAGAGCUCAAGUCGCGGCAUUCAAGUGUCAAUGCAAAAGACGGUCACUUGGGCUUGGAGGGAAAAAGGAGGCGACAGACUCUGCUGUACCGGCAGCUCCUGGUGCCAAUGAACCUGGUUUGCCUGGAAUAGGAGAUACAUUGCGCUGA